CACGCUCCUUGGCAGCAAAAUCUAAACCCCAAUCAGGAGCCCCAAGACGGAGGUCAAGAGAAAGCGACGUAAAGCACAGCGGGGCAACGGCUUCCAUAAAUAGCUCGACGAAAAGCGAGCGCGUUCGAAUAUUAACGUGAGGUCUGUUACGGCAUCUAAUCUAUUCGUGUGUGUGGACAUGUCGCUCUCUGAUUACGACGUUAGCUGUCUGAUUCGAUGUCAUCCUGCCGGAGAUCUUUUAGCAUCAUUUCAUCGCCCAUCGGGUUCGUUUUCGAAUGCUCACGUCGACAACUCAUCAGAACCGUGCUGAACUACUCACGAUUUUCUUUCCCGCUUCCAAUUUUAUCCGCUUCUCCUCUUCAUCCAUGGCGAUUCACUGAGGCAUACAACGUGAAACAAUACAUCUGUGUCCGUAAAACAUCUAUGUCACUUCCAAUUUCAUCGUUGGAUCUUGUUCACGUACCAAAUGCAUUAUCGGCGGCCAGCGCCAUCUUGUCAUUUACGAAACUUGGGCUACUGUUUCUGCUUCUGCUACUUGACGAAUUGAAAAAAGAAAAAGAAAAAAGAACAAACACCUGUAAGUAAAUAUACAUGAAGACAUAUUGAAUAACUUUCGUAUUGUGCCGAGCAAUUAUUUUUUUAAAUUUGCUGAUGAAGGAUGACUACGCAACUGUUACGACUCGGAUGUGACGAUUGCAACACAUCCGCUUGCAGACUUCAGCAACGAAAAUAGAGCAGAAAAAGUGAAAGGGAUGAAAACUUUCUGUGCGUGACCGAAGCAUUUAAUAAUGAACCUUCAUGACGUUGUGUACGUUACGAACCUUGCGGGUCAGAUAAAUAACAAGGCAUCGGUGAAAUGGUCCCCCGAAAAUAAGAUCGCUGUCCUCACAGACGAAGGGAUUCGCAUACUGAACUUCCCAUGUUCCCCAAGCGAAGGCGGAUACUUGCUGCACGUCGAAAAAUCGUAUAUUCGGAACCCAGACGCCGUGCUCGACUUAGCUGGACGUUACAAUGCCGAUUUCCUCCUCCAAAAUCUGGAUCCUGAGACCCAACAUUACUUAAUGUUGGACCACACAUUGUGCCCCGAUACCAGCAACGCGACCCUCCACAAGACCUACCGCACCGUAGAAUGGUCUCCGCAGCACCUUCCACUUAGGAACAGGUGCCUGUUGGCCACGUUGACGUUCGACCACAGGCUGAGGCUGCUGCGCGAAGGAGCUCACGGCGAAUGGGAGACUGUCACGGAGCUUUCGGACAUCUUCUACGGGAAGAUGAAGGAACGGUGGAAAAACGUAGAGCAUCCCAGUGAUGCGUCAAGAGCAGCCCGUGCAAAGUCAGAGUUCGAACAACUGAUGCAGAGGACAUUCUCCGUAGCAGCAGUGGAGAUAGCUUGGUCGCACCUGUUCAGACCUCCUGGGAAGCAACAGUUUGCCCUGCUUAUUGAAGCCAUGAGGAAUGGCCUGCUCGUCUUCUGGAAGGUCCAGCCUUCAGGGGUCAAGGAAGAGCUUUGCUGCGAAGUAAUAAAAGAAGAACAAACUACGCUUACUUUUGUGAGUAGACUGUGCUGGCAGGAAACAUCUCCAGUUUCUGGGAUGCUGGUCGUGGGGUCCCAUAAUGGAACUGUAGUGAUCCUACCUGUCGUCAUGGAAGACAAUACAUUGAAUGUUGGCUCGGCAACUGAAGUCUGGGAGAGCGACCAGAUUCCAGUGCAACAAAUAGUCUCCCAAGCAUCACCAUCUUCAGAAACAUUCCUCAUAUUUGUGACGAAGAGUCGAUACCUUCUCUGUUUCAAGGUUUUGGUCGAUGAAAAUAAACAUUCCGUUAGUGUCGAGAAAAGCAACUUUUCAAAGGACGCAUGCUCUACUCCAGUGACAGGCAUAGACAAGUGUUCGUCAAGGGACUAUGAACUACACGUCAUGCUUUGUACUUUAGGCAAAGAAAUAGUUGAAGUCAAGAUGACCAAAGAUCUUGUAUUUUUAUCUUGCAAACUGAGAAUUGAGCUGCCUCCAAUGUUGCAGCCAAUGGGUCUGGGGCUUUCAGCAAAUGGAAUGUUCAUUGGCAUCCUUUCACACAUUGCUACAAUGUACGACCCUAUGAAGGUGAAAGAACCUUUACAGCUCAUCAUACACUGCCUGAUGGACAUAGAAAAAGCCUGCGAUUUUGUACUGGGUGAAGUCAGACGCGAUUGUCAGGCCCUGACACAGCUGGCUGACUGCCUAGACAGGAUUCACUUGCACAUGAGCAACAAGGGUGCCCUUCCAGUUGCUCUGCGGACAUUUCUUUCAGAAUGUGCCGACAACCUGGCUUCAAUGAGCACCAGGAAGCUACAGCUUUUCAGGUUCCUGGAAUCAAUCAAAGUAGCCACAACCGGAUCUGAAGAAAGCGAGAAGAACGUCAAGAAAGUCAGUGAAUGCAUUCUCCAAAGACACAUCGAGUCGCUCACUGCUAGGCACACGGGGAGAAGUCUGACGGAUGAACAAAUGCAAUCUGCUCAGCGUUUCGCGGACUGGAUCUUCCACUGUACGGGAAAGAGGGCCGACAGCAUUUACAAACUGAUGUGCGGUGACCUGCCAAAGACUGAGGGGGCGGAAGGCGAAGUAUGUGUUAUCUGUGGCGGUGAGGUACAGCUAAAGAGCAUGUACUAUGGAGAAUGUGCCAAGCGUCACAGGUUUGGACGUUGCAUGCAUUCCUUGCUGUUGUGCCACGAAACUCCGUACCGCAAGUGUCCAUCAUGCCGGACAAUCUCCCACAAGCGUGGCAUCUGGGAGGAGGACCCCCUCUGCAUUUUCUGUGGGUCGUCUCUUCAUUGAGAGGACGAAAUAUAUUUUUAUACCGAUAAAAAUGACAGUAAAUGGCAGGACACUGCCAAAUAACAAG